UGGAACAGGAUCCACUGGAUUUGUUCCAAAGUGGGAACAUUAUGUACGGCUUCAAUUUUUUAGAUGACUCUUUUGCUGCUAUGGCCAGUUGUAGCAAUAUGGAUAAUUCAUCUGAGUGUAUUGUAAUGAAUUUUGUUCAAGAUACUGAAAUGUUUUCAGAAGAAAGUGUUCUUCCUCCUACAAGCACAGAAGAAACAUGCAAUCUAUUAGAAACCCCCAAAAUGUCUGGAAGUCAAUUGGUUGCUCCAGGCACAAGCAAAAAAAGAAAAAAACCUGAAGAUGAAUUUUUUACUACAAUGACAAAAUGUCUAAAAAACAUAACAGAAGAGAAAGAUGUGAACGACUUGUUUGGAGCGUAUGUUGCUGGUCAGCUGAAGACAGUAAAGUGUCCUGCUGAUCAGGAACUGUUACGGAUGAAAAUUCAAAAUUUGAUUUAUGAAUUCAAAUAUCCACAAUAAAAUUCUGUUAAACGUGAA